UUUGCCAUAGUUUCCUUCAAACAAAUAAAAUAUCUAAUAAAAUAAAAAACACGCAGAUCACAGAUGAUUCGAAGUUGCCGAGGUUUAGAAUUUAGAUUAUAGCUUGGCGGCUUGCCUUCAAGAAUUUUUUAAUAUAUUCGUAGAAGCCCUUUAUGUGAAGUACUGAGACAAAAGGUCAUCGAACCUAAAGAAAAUCAUGUCAACCGAGCAUGAAAAUGAAGCAAAAUCUUUUCUCACUGUGGGUGGAGUUGCCAUUAGUAUGGCUUUCUUUCUCUUUCGUCCAAGCGUGUGUAUAUUAGAAGAAUACACUCCAUUAUAUCUUAAGCAAAUUGGGUACAGCCCUUCAUUCAUUGGCUUGGCACCAGUACUUGGUCUUGUAACCCAAACAGUGGGUAUACCAUUGCUUGGAUAUUUGGCAGACAAGUUCAGAGCGAGAAAGCUUUUUCUAUUUUUCUCUGUUCUUUUAUCCAUCCCUAGUGCGUUGCUCUUUCUUGCUGCUGAUACACCCGAACCAAUUUGCGAUGGAAACACAGGAAACUUGACUGUAGAUAAUACUUCUUUAGUUAAUGUAUUGUUCAACAGCACAUACACCGGAUUAAAUGAAUCACAAUUAACAUCACCCUCAAAGACUCAGAAUGAGAAAGACGGGAAUCGUCUUAGAUUUUUCUUUAUUUUUAUGGUUCUACGCGGAAUUUUCGAGCUGUUGAAAAGACUCACUGUCACACUUAUUACAGUUGCAGCCAUGACGCAUUUACAGCAAGAUAAAACAAAAUUCGGUUAUUAUGCAUCGUGGGGAGAAAUCGGCGGUGGUCUGGCGUUGUUUAUCGUUGGAAUGUCUCUAUACCGCUUCCAACACAAUGUUUGUGGUUCCCUGGCUCCGGAUUAUGUUGUUAUUUUCUUUUUUGUCGUUGGUUUUCAAGUUUUGACACUCGUGACAUUGCCGUUUAUGAAAUUUCAAUACCUUGAGCAUAGAGUUAUAGAUUAUGAGGAGGUUAAAAAAGUUUUGACUGAUCCCCACUAUAUUUUAAUCCUUGUGAUUUGUUGUCAUUCUGGUCUGUGCUCGGCCUUUCAAACUCGCUGGGAGUUCUGGUACAUAGAAAAGCUUGGGGGAGGCUCGAUUGUAAUGGCUGUUGCCGGCUUGCUGAGACGUCCAAUCGUAGCUGUUUGGUUUUUACUGUCUCGUGUCAUAAUUAAACGCGUGGGGGAGCUCAAAGUCAUCGGGUUUUCAUUGCUCAUCUUCGCGUUGUCGUUUCUGGCACUGGCGUUUAUCGAAAAUGCUUGGCUUGUUAUCCUGUUUGAUAAUUUUCAAGCUGCAUCAUACGUCCUGUCAUUUGCAUCGUUUGUUGUCCAUUUCUCGAACACUUCUUCGGAUGCAUCCGCUGCCUUUUUCCAAGGUGCAGUGAGUUUAACAUUCCAUGGCAUUGGAAAGGAGGCUGGCACUGCAAUCACCGGCUAUCUGUUUACAACCGUAGGAACAAAGAUAACGUUGUGUUGUUAUUCACUGCUCACUGUUGUUCUUCUGGUGUUUUUUUCAAUCUUUUUUUUUUGCACCAGAAAUCCAAAAGGCUACACGAAUUUUCAGGAAAGUGAAGAGGAACGAGGCGAAGUAAUUGAACUAAGUCCAUUAAAUGAAACAAGUAGCUUGCAUUAAUCAUGUACUUUCUUUAAACUUUGAAACAAACAUGAAAAAAUUGAUAAGAACAUUUGCCGUGAUGUUGAAUAUUUCAGUAUACUGAGUGUAUAUAUAGUGAUUGGGUUUAUUAUAUUGUGAUAAAAACAGCUGCAGAAUUCUUACACACCAAAUCGAUCUAAAAGUUAAAGUAUAUGCCAUGCACUAAUGCCAGAUUUCAGCGUUUGAAACAUCGAGAGGAUCUUAGUUAUGCGAUGCAAAUAAGUGAUACCCGCGCGUAAGAAUAAUUACUGCCGUGCCCGUGGCUUUCUUCGAUAUAUGAUCCAGGAAUUGCGAACGGUCAAAACUAAUUCAUUCCCCCUUACCAAGGUAAAAGCACUGCCACUGGUUGUUGGACUUAGC